CGGUUUAAUCCACCGGACGUUCCCACCGAUAAGGACACCUACUAUGGCAAGGUGUGGCCCUAUGGACCAGCUGCAUUCCCCGACUUUUUCAAGAACGAGACCGUGUUGUGGUGGCAGGGACAGGUGAAAAAUCUGCACGAUACUCUACCCUUCGACUCACUAUGGUUUGAUAUGAAUGAACCCUCAAAUUUUGAAGCAUUGUGUCCGAAAAACAAAUUGGAUUACCCGCCAAUCAGAUCAUCGGUCAUAUUUAGUAACAACCAGUUGUCAGCCCGGACAUUAUGUAUGGUCACUGAACAGGGUGAAAAGGGGGAGUACAGACAUUAUGACGUACACUCAAUGUACGGCCUGACGGGGUUGAUCGCCACUCGAAAGGCACUGGAUGCCACCAUUGGCAAACGUGGUUUUGUAGUGACC